CUGCGCCAGUGAGACAACAUGGCGGACCAAGUUGCGGAGGGAGUCGCGAAAAUGGACAUCCAGAAAGACGCGGAAAAGGCACGGUGACCCGUCCUAUCUCCUCCAUUUUCAGCUUAAUUCCAAUCUCAGGGAAGCAUCUAUGAUCUCCAGGGGUGCAGUAUUGGGGCUUGCCAAGCGAAUCGGUCGUGAGAUACGCCGAAAUAUGAGCGCUAGUUCGCCUCCUGCGAAGCAGGGUAAGAAGAAAGAGAAGAAGGAGAAGAAGGGGAAGGGGGGUGGGAAGGGGGCUGUCGAUGCAGGGGGAUUCCCGCUGGAGAUGGACCCCCCACCCGCGUACCUUCAGGAGAGGGUUGAGCUCUUCGACAAGCUGUACAAAGAGUACCAGGAUGAACUGGCAGCCAAGGAGCCGACGCCCAUCAAGGUGACCCUCCCUGAUGGUAAGCAGCUGGAUGGCCAGGCGUGGCGGACCACGCCCCUGGAUAUAGCCACUUCUAUCAGCAAAGGCCUAGCAGACAACACUAUAGUAUCCAAGGUGAAUGGUGUGGUGUGGGAUCUGGACAGACCGUUCGAAGGUGAUGCCUCUGUAGAGUUCCUGAAGUUCGAUGAUGAGGAGGCGAAGGCCGUGUACUGGCACUCCAGCGCCCACAUCAUCGGAGAGGCCAUGGAGAGACACUACGGGGGUUGUCUGUGCUACGGACCCCCCAUCGAGGACGGGUUCUACUAUGACAUGUAUUUAGAGGGAAGACAAGUGUCCAGUAAUGACUUCCCGGCCCUGGAGACGGUGACAAAAAGCAUCCUGAAGGAGAAGCAGCCCUUCGUAAGACUGGAGAUGAAGAAGGAAGAUCUUCUCAAAAUGUUUGCUUACAACAAGUUCAAGGUGCGUAUCCUGGAGCAGAAGGUGACCACGCCCACCACCACGGUGUACAGAUGUGGACCUCUCAUCGACUUGUGUCGAGGGCCGCACGUCAGACACACCGGCAAGAUCAAGGCUCUGCAUGUCCACAAGAACUCGUCCACGUACUGGGAGGGUAAGGCAGACAUGGAGUCCCUACAGAGGGUUUAUGGUAUCUCCUUCCCUGACAACAAGAUGCUGAAGGAAUGGAAGGAGUUCCAGGAGCAGGCCAAGGAGAGAGACCAUCGCAAGAUCGGCAGGGAACAAGAGUUGUUCUUCUUCCAUGAGCUCAGUCCUGGGAGCUGUUUCUUCCUGCCCAAGGGAGCUCACAUCUACAACAAACUCAUAGACUACAUCAAGGAGGAGUAUCACAAGCGGGGGUUCCAAGAGGUAGUGUCACCCAACAUGUACAACGUGAAACUGUGGAAAACUUCAGGCCACUGGGACCACUAUGAAGAAAACAUGUUCAGCUUUGAGGUGGAGAAGGAAACCUUUGCCCUGAAGCCCAUGAACUGUCCAGGACACUGUCUGAUGUACGACGUCCGUCCCCGUUCCUGGCGUGAGCUGCCCCUGAGAAUGGCGGACUUUGGCGUGCUGCAUCGGAACGAGCUGUCCGGCACGCUGACCGGCCUGACGCGUGUGCGUAGGUUCCAACAGGACGAUGCCCACAUCUUCUGCACCAUGGAACAGCUGGAGGAUGAGAUAGAGGGUUGUCUGGAGUUCAUGAACAGUAUCUACACCACCUUCGGCUUCGACCUCAAGCUGUUCCUGUCCACACGGCCGGAGAAGGCCAUCGGAGACAAGGAGACCUGGGACAGAGCAGAGAAGCAUCUAGCAUCAGCUCUGGACAAGUUUGGCAUGCCGUGGAAGCUGAACCCUGGGGAUGGAGCCUUCUACGGACCAAAGAUUGACAUCCAGGUGUUUGAUGCGCUGCGCCGGGCUCACCAGUGUGCCACCAUCCAGCUAGACUUCAACAACCCUGAGAGAUUCAACCUCACAUAUGUUAGUGGGGAUGGGGAUGAGAAGAAGCGUCCAGUGAUGAUCCAUCGUGCCAUCCUGGGCUCCGUGGAGCGCUUCAUCGCCAUCUUGUGUGAGAACUUCGGCGGCAAGUGGCCGUUCUGGCUGUCCCCCCGCCAGGCCAUGAUUGUUCCUGUGUCACCUGACCAGAAUGAAUAUGCUCAAAAGGUCCGAAACAGCAUCCAUGAGGCUGGGUUCAUGUGUGAGGCGGACUGUGACCCAGGAGACACCAUGAACAAGAAGAUCCGCAAUGCUCAACUGGCUCAGUACAACUUCAUCAUGGUUGUAGGAAAGCAGGAGCGAGAGAACGGGACUGUGAAUGUUCGUACCCGCGAUAACAAGGUCCAUGGCGAGUUCUCGGUGGACGCUGUUAUCCAACGCUUCAAAAAGCUCCAAGCAGGGUAUACCAGAGACAGCGAGGAGGCCUUUGGGCUCGAAUAGUUGUAGGAAAAAAGGAGGUGGAGAGCGGGACCGUGAACGUGCGCACUCGCGACAACAAGGUCCACGGGGAGCGGUCUGUGGAAGAUGUCAUCCUCCGUUUCAAAAAGCUACAAAACGAGCGUGUUAAGAACAGUGAAGAAACAUUUGGAGAUAAUUGAGAUAGUACUACACUAGUACUUGUAUAGGGUAGAUAACUAUGAAGGUCCUGCAUCUUCAAGUUUGAAUGAAUCAGUCCCUACAAUUUAUUCAUAUUUUAUUGUUUGCAUAGUCCAUAAUGAGGUCUAUAAAUGUACAAGCACACAAAUGCAACAACUGCUUUCAAGGUGGGCAGUUGAAUCAAGCAUGCUCUUGAGACAAACUUCAAGAAUUAGACUUAAGAAAGUCUAUGAUUUCUUUAGUAGAAGCUACGAGCUUUGGAAGACAUCUUAAUGCUCAACUCCAAUGUAUUGAUAAUAUGUCAAUUCUCAAUAGUCAAGCAGGACCUUACUGUGCCUGAUGAAACGUUCCAUAGGUUGAAGCUAGUUUGAAUUUUACAGGGGUGAAGGGGAGAGAUGGGAGGAUCAGAUGCAGUCAUGUCAGAAUUGAAAAUUGAUUACAGUAUAAGUGUUUAGAUAAAGGUACAGUACUGUAUUUUCAAUGAAGAUGGUAAUCAAGAUCUUUUGUGGCAUGGAGGCUGAAAAAAAUAUUCCACAAUGUCUGCAGUAAAAGAUAGCAAAUGUAUUGCACCAUGGACUUUAUAACCUCCUUGCAGUAACUGACAUGUAUACCUUUCUUGUCUUGUAUACAUGUGCUUGUCAUUCACAAUCUAUUAACUGUACUUGAGCAUGUUGGGGACCCAUUUCACAUCCCAUAAACUGUAGGUAAGACCAACUCCUCAAGCAUCCUUUGCAAAAUGUACUGAAAAUGACUACAAUAAAACAUGCUGAAUACUCCGUG